AUGCUCCCGAGCCCUGCUGUGAAGUAUCAGAUCCAUCCACCUAUCCUUCUUCUCACCACGCAAGAAGAUCUGGCUUCGCCGACAACUCCAUCGAAGCGCAAAAAGUCUAAAGGCAAGCGCCAACCACCGGACGAACCACCCUCUCCACCCAAAACUCCGGACCAAAACCAGAGCAAUUCAAACAUGUCGACCACAGGGAGCGACACCACCAACCCCAGUGGCGGCCGCAAGGGUGCAGCCGAUACCAGCGACCCAGCCAAAGCAGUCACUGGCCUUGCCAACUCUGCAGCUGCUGCUACGAGUCCCGCUGGCGAGAAGGACAACAAUGCAGGCUUCGGCUUGGAACAUUUCGACAAAGACGUGAAGGGAAGUUUGAAAGUUCACAUCAAGCUAGAUCUCGACGUCGACAUACACAUCACAGCUCGAAUUCGCGGUGACAUCGCUAUCGGUCUGUUGUAA